CUCGAGCUUGACGCUUACGAGGUGAUGCCAGGUGAUAGCAUUACUGGACGUCUCCAUCUCCGCAUUGCAAGCCCAACGCAACUUACUUCUCUAGCCGUUGGCUUGCGUGGCAUGGAAAUUGUCGACUGGACAGAGAUACGUACUCUACACUUCUUUGGAUGAACUGGACUGUAGAUCAUUUUUGAUUCGGUAUUGCACUGGACAGAUAUACGUAUUCUACACUCUGGACUGCACAGAGAUACAUACUGAGUACGAUCAUUCUGGCGAUCAUUUUGUUGACCCCAUUUUCAUUCACGUGUGAAUUUAAUAUUUCAUGUAUAGUUGUACUAGAAGACAGUGACGACCGCCAAGGUUGUGAAUCAUGAAGAAACUCGAUUCCACAACUACUUGAUGCACUAGUAUUAUAAUUACAAUAAAUGAUUUCAUGAUGUUCAAUUUGUUGACCAGAUCACCCUGUUAAACUUAUAGGUUUCGAGUCUGUGCCUGACUACAGCGACACAACCUAUCAGCAGGAGAAUCGGCCGCGUCGCACAAGGUUGGAAAAGAGAAGUGACGAAUUUGAUGGUUCCAACAAUGUGUUCGAUUUCUACUCCCCGCUGUCGAGUGCGGGCGUUGUGGGGCAGAUCCUCGCACCAGGACAGUACUGCGUCCCCUUCACCUUGCCGAUGCCGUCCAACGUUCCAGGAUCCUGUAUUGUUGGCACGCCCCGGCCUCGAGGAUGGCUUGGUAUCGAUGCUUGGUUGGUCGGCUACUGCCAUAAUAUUUCUCAGUUCCAUUUGUUUCUAGCAGUUCAUCUUCUCGUGUAUGAAUAACAGAUUUUUUUGUAGUUGACCUAUCCACCACCGGCGUCGCAUUUAAUGCGGCGGUUAGUUACAGGUAUGUCUUCGAUAAGGAAAUCUUCAAAACCACGUACAAUACCUCUAAUCUUCAAAACGUGAACAACUAUAACUACAACAGCGAUGGACGAGGUUGACCACUAUGAACGGUUUUAUGGCGAGACGCGGUAUAUGAUGUACGCUGAGGCACGCGAGCGCGACUUCAAGGAUUUUCGAUUCGAUUUUCGUUCGGGGAAUUCCAUUUUCGACAUGGGAUUACGUUUGGAUGAGGAGCCGAUGCUUGCGCGACAGCCGAUUUCGGUAGUCCAGGCUCCUCCGCCGGCCAAAGAGCUAAACGUGUCGCGAUCGGUGCAGGUCACCUUCUGCCUCUGCUGUGACCGUGGACAGUGCACGAUUCAUCUAAAAGCCGCGAAGGUUAAGACUUUCGGAAAUCCAUCUACAUCCUUACAAAAUGAUCUCCUGCUUCGUUGCAUCUACCAGAACUGUGCUUGGUCUACUUGGGGCUGCAAUUUCGACGGAGCCUAUGUAGUAUUACUUAGCUGGUUGAUGAUUGAUUUUCGGUGAUUUGCUUUGUCUACUUACGGCUCUCGUCCCGAAGUUAUAGAUAUUUAGAUAUACUGUGCACACAAGAUGACAGAAUCUUCUAAAAAGGAUGUGUACUGCCAAGGCGAGCUCAUCAAAGUGGAUGCGAAGUUCGACAACAAGAGCUCGAGCGAGUUGACCGUGCUAAAAA